AUGAGCCUCCCGUCCCCACCAGCACUCCAGGAGCUGGCCGAGAAUAGCCUCCUGAAGGAGCAGGCCUUGGCCAUCUCGGCUCUGGAUGAGAUACCUUCGCUUUUCUUCCCUUCACUGUUCAGAAAGGCCUGCAGAAGGGGCUGCGUUGGGCUCGUGAAGGCCAUGAUGAAGGCCUGGCCUUUCCCCUGCCUCCCACUGGGGGCCAUGAUCAGGAGGAAGGCCCCCUACAGGAGAACCUUAGAGAUUGUCCUGCAUGGGCUUGAUGCCCUGCUUUUCCAGAAGGUUCCCCACAGGAGGUGCAAGCUGAAAAUGCUGGACCUACGGGUCAUGCCUUUGAAGUUGUGGAAGACGUUGCCCGUGUUCAGGGCUGAAGGCUGGAGUGAGAGGCAGGAAGCGGUGGGCCCUUCGGGAGCGGAGGUGGAGCAGCCCGUGAAAGUGGUGAUAGACCUGGUCCUCAGGGAAAGGUUGCUGGAACCCUUUGAGUCCUUCCUCGUCCAGUGGGUGGAGCAGAGGAAAGGGCUGGUGAGGCUGUGCUGUGGCCAGCUGCAGAUCUGGUCUAUGUCCCUUUACUACCACAGGAAGGUCUUAGAGCUGUUGGCUCUGGACUCUACCCAGGAGCUGUGCGUGUAUUGCAUCAGUAACCCUGUCUGCCUGCUUAACUUCUCCCCUUACCUGGGCCGCAUGAGGAACCUGCGCAGCCUGGUUCUCUCUCACUUCUGGCAGGCUUUCUCUAUGACCCCGGUGUGGAAGCAGCAGGUCAUUACCCAGUUCACGUCACAGUUCCUCAAGCUGGAACGCCUCCAGAACCUCUGUCUGGAUACUGUCGUCUUCCUAGAGGGUCACCUGGAUGAGUUGUUCUGGUGGCUGAAGACACCCUUGGAGACCCUGUCAGUGAUUGACUGUAACCUCUCAAAGUCAGACUGGAACCAUAUAUGUGAGUUUCCAUGCACAAGUCAGCUAAAACACCUCAAUCUGAAAUGUGUCAAGCUGACCCGUUUGAGCCCAGAGCCUCUGCGAGUUCUGUUACUAAAGUGCGCAUCGACCCUAAUGACCCUGGACUUGGAAAGCUGUCAGAUGACAGACUCCCAACUCAGUGCCAUCCUGCCUGCCCUGAGAUGCUGUACCCGGCUCACCCAGUUUAACCUCCAUGGAAACCGUAUCUCAUUGCCUGUUUUGAAAGAGCUGGCAGUUAACAUUAUCAGUCUGACAUCCCAACAGGCCAGGACAUGCUUUAUCUCAAGCUGUGAUCAUCGCAGUGGCCUGGACUUGGAGGUCAUUUCUCAGCCUUAUGUUGAGUUUGUAUAG